AUAAAGAAGCCGGCACAUCGCCUUCCACUCCGGCAUCACCCCGGCAGCAAGAAAUAAUCCAAGCCAAAUGCUAAUUGAGUGAACUAACUACUAUCCUACUUUACUAGUUGUUGUUCUUGGGCACGACACGAAAGGGGAUCGGAAUGAUGGAGGCGAGGUACGUGAAGGCGGCGUCCCGGUUCUUCCUCGCCGGGAAGGUCGGGAACGCCGGCGAUGGCUGCGGCGGCGGCGGUCACGGCCGCCACUUCCUCGACGCCUGCUUCCUGUGCAAGCGCGAGAUCACCUCGGACCGCCACAUCUUCAUGUACAAGGGCGACGCGGCGUUCUGCAGCGACGAGUGCAGGCAGGACCAGAGGGCGAUGGACGCCGCGCUCAAGGCCGCCAGGCGCCGCCACCGCGCCCUGCUGCGCAGCGCGUCCCUGCCAGCGCCGGCCGCGGGGAGCGCGCCGGUGGGCACGAUGCCACGGCGGCCGACCGUCGCGGGCCUCGCCGCCGCCACACUGUACGUCAUGCCCGGCUAGCUAGCCAUGGACAUAGCGCGAGUGAGCUACCUCUCUCGGUCGCCGAUUCAUGCUGGAGGAGGCCGGAAGAGAUUCUCCGGCGGCGCGCGGUCUCUCGGAUCGAUGGUUUUCUACUCUUCUUUUCGUGGCCUGCUAGCUUAGGUGGUCCGCCGGAGAAGCUAGAGAUGCACGCAGCGCGCUGGUACAAGGACGUGUAGCCUCACGACGGACAGUGCAGAGAGAUCACCGAGAACAAAGUUUAGAGUUGCACGACGAUGCCGUUGCAGAAGCUAGCGGAUUAGAUGAUGAUUCUCUUCACGAAAUGUUCACGAGUGUGUAGCUAGGAAUGAUAAUAACUAGUUGAAUACCCCGCGCGUUGCUGCAGAAUUUCAGAGCAAAAAUGUUAAAGUUGAGUGUACUGAAAAUAUGGAGUUAUGAAGUUGCAGCCAAUUUUAGCAUUAGAGAUAUAUGGCAUGGUUGUACAUAUAAGAAGUUCUAGUUGCGGAAACUGAUAAAAAGAGGAACCAUAAUAGUUAUGAUAAAGAUGUUUUAAUUUUAUUCUGGGAGGAAAUGAAAAUGUCUACAUCAUUUUGUGAAGCAAGAGAUUGGAUUUUGUAUAGACCCCCUUCGAUAAGUGAAGUUUCUGCAAUUUGUUUUUAAAAAAAUUAAGUGUGAGCAACAAAGUUGCGUGAAGCAUUGAUAAUUGGAAAGAAUAUAUUUUGUUUAUUGAUUUUA